AUAAAUACACGCUCGCUGCUGCUGAUGAUUUCCACCUGAGACAGUCUCUCUCUCUCCUCUCUAAGAACCAAACUCCCUACUUUUUAAGCUUAAUCCUCCUCAUGCGCCUGUAGAUUCAGAUCGGAUUUUACCUCAAAGGUUUGGUGGCGUUUGCUCAAUUGCGGGCUGAAGCUCUGUCCUGUGCACUUGCAUGCAACAAACUGGAGCUUUUUAACCCUUGUUCAUGUGCAGGGAUUUUAAAUGUUCUACAACUGGAGGUUAUCUGUUCAUAUUUCCUCUUUCUGCUUGGUCUUUAUGUUAUCUUGAGGAAUAAGCAAUUUGGGUUCCUUUAAAGUCCUGAGCAUUUUAAGAGUCGCAGAACUUGAACUUUCAAUUACACUUUCUUAGACUUCUUAUUUUUGGGCUGAGUUAAAAGAUUGUCUCUCGUGACUUUCAGCCUUAUGUGAUCAAAAUAGUUAGUUUAUCAAUGAACAUAUCAAGUUCGAGUUGGUGAUGGGGAUUCCAACAAUGGGGUCUCAAGGUGGGGAUGGUAGUAAUGGCAAACAAUCACAAUUCCAAUCAUUGGCACGGCAGAACUCAAUGUACAGUCUCACACUUGAUGAGGUUCAAAAUCAUUUGGGUGACUUGGGAAAGCCACUUAGCAGCAUGAACCUGGAUGAACUUCUUAAAAAUGUAUGGACUGCCGAAGCCAACCAAUCCAUUGGUAUGGACGCUGAGAGCACAGCACUGGCCAAUCAAACCGCUCUCCAGCGUCAGGCAAGCCUGUCAUUAACUGGUGCAUUAAGCAAGAAGACAGUCGAUGAGGUUUGGAGAGAUAUCCAACAAAGCAAAAAUAAUGAGGAAAGGAAGUCUCGAGAAAGGCAGCCUACUCUGGGAGAGAUGACUUUGGAGGAUUUCUUGGUGAAAGCCGGAGUUGUUGCUGAAGCGUCUUCGGAUAAAAAAGGAGCUGGUCCGGUUGUUGGAGUUGAUGCAAAUAUAGCAUCACAGUUCCCCCAGCAGGGACAAUGGAUGCAGUACUCACAACCACAAUAUCAGGUUCCACAACAAAGUAUGAUAGGGGUUUAUAUGCCAAGCCAGCCUAUGCCACAACCGCUACAUGUUGGGGGUGGGGCUGUAAUGGAUGUUACUUAUGCAGACAACCAACUUGCACUGCCCUCUCCUCUAAUGGGAGCUCUCUCAGAUACACAAACACCUGGAAGGAAAAGGGGCCCUCCAGAGGAUAUUAUUGAGAAGACUGUUGAGAGGAGGCAAAAGCGAAUGAUAAAGAACCGGGAAUCUGCUGCGCGUUCACGAGCAAGGAAGCAGGCUUAUACAAAUGAACUAGAAAACAAAGUUUCACGACUGGAAGAGGAAAAUGAAAGGCUGAGGAAACAGAGGGAGCUGGAGAAGAUGUUGCCGUGUGCACCGCCUCCUGAGCCAAAGUAUCAACUUCGCAGAACAACAUCAGCUCCAUUCUGACAUCUUUGUAUCUGUAUUUGUGGGAAUGAAAUCUGUAGAUAAGAUGCUAACGGGGCUGCUGCAUUUUUAGGUGGAAAUGAGCGCUAUCUGCCUCCAUGGAAACAGUUGUAUGUUGCAAUUUGUUGCUGAUAGUUGGCUUCUCCAUGUCUUGCGAUUUUGCUUGGUUCCCUUUUGCCGCAAAAUGGUAUUAGAAAUUUUCAGUGGAUAAUUGUACUUCCUUGUUGCCUCUUUUUAAGAUUUGUCCAAAAGGUCUUAGUUGAGUUUUUCUAAUGAUGUUUAGUAGGUAA